CAGUCAGUGUAUUCUUGUAUCUGACUUGUGAAUGUGGCAACGGCGAGUCAAGGAGGGGUGAACCGGUGUUUGGAUUUUUAUAUUCAAGUAACGAUAGCUAGUUUAUAGUCAUAGCUUGUGCUAUAUAUUUAGAAACAACAACGGAAUCACGAUUUUUGUUUGGACUAUUAUUGUGUAACCCGAAGAGAAUAUGAAAAAUAACAUGGGGCGGUAGGGGAUGUUGAAAUGAUUAUCUGCGAGGAUUCAUAGCACAAGCUAUUUUUUUUUUUCGUUUUCCCCACUUUGGAUUUAUUUUACAUACGGUGGGAAAGCCGGAAAAGCCGCCGGACAGCGGGCGGAGAGGAUGGACCAGGCGAAUAUCCUGAGAAAGUUCAUCCAAGAGGUCUGUGUUAUGCGAGAAGGGGACCAGAAAGGAGAGGAUAACUUCGGCAGUGACUUUAUGAGAUUACGAAGAUUAUCGACCAAAUACAGGACAGAGAAGAUCUACCCCACCAACGUCGGGGAGCAGGAAGAGAAUGUGAAGAAGAACCGCUACAAAGAUAUACUGCCCUUUGACCACACGAGGGUAAAGCUGACUUUAAAAACAACCAAUCAGGAUGCAGAUUACAUCAAUGCCAGCUUCAUCAAGGGAAUGGAUGUUCCAGAGGCCUACAUCGCUACCCAGGGUCCUCUAACCAACACUGUCAUCGACUUCUGGAGAAUGAACUGGGAGUACAGUGUAGCCGUCAUCGUAAUGGCAUGUCGAGAAUUCGAGAUGGGAAGGAAAAAGUGUGAGCGGUACUUUCCCCAGUUUGGUGAUGAGCCCAUGUCCUUUGGCCCGUUCAGAAUAUCCUGUGAAUCAGAACAGCCCAGAACGGACUAUUUCAUCAGGACCCUGACAGUGGAGCAUGAGAACGAGACACGUAGGAUAACCCAAUUCCAUUACAUCAACUGGCCAGACCAUGACGUCCCCUCGUCCUUUGACUCCAUCUUGGAUAUGAUUGGUCUGAUGAGAGAGUAUCAGGAGCAUGACGAUGUACCCAUCUGUAUACACUGCAGUGCUGGCUGUGGGAGGACAGGCGCCAUCUGUGCUAUAGACUACACGUGGAACCUACUAAAGGCUGGGAAGAUUCCAGAAGACUUCAACGUGUUCCGGCUGAUUCAGGAGAUGAGAACACAGAGGCAUUCUGCUGUUCAGACCAAGGAGCAGUAUGAGUUGGUUCACAGAGCCAUCUCUCAGCUCUUUGAGAAACAGCUGCAGCUUCUGGAGAGCCCCACCAACUCAGAGAUCCAUGGUGGCAUGGACGAUGUGCUCAGCCCAGAGAAAACUGGACACCACUCAGACGAGGAGCGAUGUGACACACCGCCCCCCAAACCACCCCGCAUACGCAGUCAGUUGGAAGGGGACGUGAAAGAGGAGAUCCUUCAGCCCCCAGAGCCACGCCCGGUUCCUCCCAUCCUGACCCCGUCUCCCCCUUCUGCCUUCCCCACCGUCACCAAUGUACGGCAGGACAACGACCGCUACCACCCCAAGCCUGUCAUCCACGUCCUGGCCUCUGCACAGCAGCAGCAGCAUCCCCAGAAAGCCCAGAAAGCCCAACAGUCCCCCGACCUGAAGGAGAACUAUAACAAGACUUCAGACAAGACAUGGUUGGACAGUGUCCCCUCAGGAGGCCCCCAGGCCCCCUCUCCCUCCUGCCCAGUGGACGGAGGCGUCCGUCUAGAGAGGAAGCUGAGUAUUGAGAUACAGAAGGUUCCGUUACAGGAGGGUCCUAAGAGCUUCGAUGGUAACAGCAAGCUGCAGAGAUCCCUUGCCUUCAAGGCCCGCUCCAACACCUCCAGUUCCUCUCUUUCUGAGGACUCAGGGGCCGACGGGGGGCCCCCCAACAUAACGCACCAGGGCGCCUUCGGACCCCUCCCCUCCCGCCCCAACCACCUGCCCCUUAAGGAGGGUCAGGCAGGCUGGAUCAGCCCAGAGAAAGCCCCCACACCUCCAGCCCUGGUGGCUGGGUCAGAGAGCACCCCCACCUCUUCCCAGCCCCUCUCCUCCACCCCUGUCAGGACUGCUCUGAGCUUCACCAAUCCUCUGCACUCAGACUUCCCUGAUGUGAAGGGAGAUGGAGGAAUCACUGGAGGAGGGGAGGGUUCCAGACCUUCAUGGUCCUCCAAGGCUACGGCCACGGUUACGGCGGCCCAUGGCGAACACCCGCCCAGGAAGGUGUCGACCAUGUCCAUUGCCGAGCAACGGUCGCCGACGGAAACGGCAUCAAACAGUGACCAGAGUGAAGAUUCCCCUCCCCCUCUACCUGAGAGAACCCCAGAGUCCUUCAUUUUGGCCACAGACCCAUCAGAGUUGAAGGCACCAGGACCAUCAGACUGGAGUAUCUCAGAGGACCAGUCAGGAAAAGGAGCAGGUUUUCCUCAGGAGCAGAGGAGUACACAGGCACAGAUAGCAGAGAGAGAACCGUCAGGAGAGAGGAGUAAGAAGAUUUCAGAUGCAGCAGGAGUGGAAACAUCACCUGCCAACACCACAGUAGCAGACAGCACAGCAGAGAGCAAGGCUUCCUCAGAGAUGGGAUACAGUAACCGCUGCACACAACCCAAAGGCCCCAGGGACCCCCCUACACAGUGGACAUGAUCAUGGCUUCUACCUAGAGCCCCCUUCACUGCCCUCCUACACCCUCCAAAUCCUCCUUGAUCCUCACCUUGUCUCUUACAAGGGCCACUGUGUGUGAAGGAGAUGACUGGGUGCUGUCCCAUCCUUGGACACUGCCACCUUUUCCUAACUAAUAGGGCAGAUGUGAAAUGGCACCCUAUUCCCUAUAUAGUGCUCUGUAUAUUUGGCCAGAGUCUUGUACAUGUAGGUAACAGGGUGCCAUUUGAGACAAAGCCUAAAACACAAUCUGCAAAGCAAUUUAGAUAAUCUACCCAGGAUGCAACGGUACACCUUUCUGCUGUACUUGUGCCAGUUGCCAGGGGAUCUCUGUGUGCUGGUGCUAUUAUGUGUUUCCCAAAUGGAACUCCAUUCCCUAUAUAAGUGCACUACUUUUUACCAGGGACCAUAGAGCUCUGGUCAAAAGUAGUGCACUACUUAGGGAAUAGUGUGUCAAUCUUAUCUCCUUCUUUGCUGGGACCACACAAACCUGCCUUAUUCCCUUUGGGGGCAAAUCCUAACUUCCACUUCAGUUGAAUUUUCACUUGGUCACGAGGAUGUGAAUGGGAGAGAAUUUGUCUUAAGUGCAAGUUAGGAUUUGACUCUUAGUCCGAAACAAUCCAUCACAUUGGAUCCUGAUUCAGCUUUUUGUUUCGUUUUCUAUUCCAGAAAAAUACUUGACUUUCUUAUCUUCUGUACUUUCAGGCUUGUAUUAUGACAUUGCAGGAGACAUGUAUCACCUAGGGACAGAGGACUACUGUUAUAUUAUUUAGUUUCAUUUUCUUUGCUAACUUCUCGAUAGCUAUAUAUGCAUUGUUUUAUAAAUGUACAGGGCAACUAGGUAUAUAAUAUUUAAUGUGCUAUCUCUAAAUAUUCUUAUUAACAGAAGAUGUAACAAGUCUGUCCGUGACACCCCUCCCUCUCCCCAAUGUUCCUCCAACUGUAAAUUAUUUGCCCUCUUGUUCUAGCAAAUAUUGCAGGGUUUUGUUGUAAUAACGUUGAAAGGUUUUGGAUCAGCUGGACCUGGCAUAGCGCCGUCCUCUUGCUGAGAUGACAAACGGGCUCAAGAUUGUGUCAUAAUAAUGCUCUUUUUGUCAAUUCUAUACUAAAGGAUAUUUUUGUAUAUGCCGUUAUUCCUCUCUUCAGUUUCUGCCCUACUACACCAGGGAUAGUCCACUCCAGUCCGGGAGGACUUGAAGACUCCUGGAUUUCUUUCUCUCUCGUUCCUUCUAAUCAGACUAAUUAAAACCUGACAUCACCAGAUGAUUAGACUCUCUGGCCAAUCAGAGACAUGAUUCAAUCAAUCAAUUAACUAAACCAGGAGUACUUUGGCGUUCCAGGCCUGGAGUUGAAUUCCCUUGGACCCUAACUGCUACCACUAGCAUUUGUUUUGGAGCCUGCCUGUGCCUUUUGGAGAGUGCUGCCCCCCCUUCUCCCAUCACGUGUAGCGACGUGCUCAGCCGUGUUGGUUGGUCCACUCCUCUUGGAAAUGGCUUGCAUCCAAAAUGGCACCCUAUUCCCUAUAUAGUCCACUACUUUUGACCAGACCAGACUCGGGUCAAAAGUAGUGCACUAUGUAGGGAAUAGGGCCCUAUGGGGUCUCUGGUCAAAAGUAGUGCACUAUAUAGGGAACAUGGUGCCAUUUUGGGACACCGGCCUCUCUCAGAAACACACCUCCUCCUCCCAGACAACACAGACCUGUUUGUAUGUUGCAGAAAUCAAUGGACCCGUCAGUAAAGACUAAAGACAUCAAGUAGAA